CGAGGAGCAGCUGUAGCGCUAAAACAAACUCUUUUUGGUCCUCGCUGUUCGCCGUAGCACGCAGUCCCACAACGUGCAGGCGACGAAGUGAAGCACUUUUAGAUUUCAGCAGAAAACCCGCUGCUAGCGCCGACUCUUCGUACUGACUUGGUGUUACUGUUGUCUCCACUGGACAAUCAUGGCAGAAAAGCAAGAGAUGUCUUCAAUUGAAUUGAAAGUGGCACGACAAGUAGAGUACUACUUUGGAGAUCACAAUCUUCCCAGGGACAAGUUUCUGAAAGAACAACUGCAGCAGGAUGAAGGCUGGGUGCCUUUGGAGACGAUGCUUAAAUUCAACAGACUGAAGACUUUAACUACCGACAGCAGCGUCAUUGUUGCAGCUCUUGAGAAAUCCAAGACCGGCCUCUUGGAAAUCAAUGAAGACAAGACAAAAAUCAGGAGGUCUACAGAUAAACCCUUACCUGAACUGAACGAUGAAUACAAAGACGCCGUUAAACACAAAUCUGUGUACAUUAAAGGUUUUCCUCUUGAAACCUCUCUCGAUGAGAUUCAGGAGUGGUUGAAUGCAAAAGGCGACAUAGAAAAUAUUCAAAUGAGGAGAAACCUGCAGAGGCAGUUCAAGGGAUCAGUGUUCAUCUGUUUUAACACAGAAGAGUCAUCCAAGCAGUUCCUUGAACGUUCAGACAUAAAAUCAUUCAAGGACAAUGAGAUGCUUGUGUUAUCAAGGGAAGACUACCAUGCAAAGAAGGCUGAAGAGCGAAAACAGUUCAAACAAGAGACAAAGGCAAAAGCAAAACAAGACAAGGAGCAACUGCAGAAAAAUACAGAAGAUAAAGAAAUGGGUCUGCUCCUGGACGAACAGACAGGGUGCUUGUUGAAGUUCAAAGGGGAGCUCGAAGAUGUUUCCCGAGAGGACUUUCAUGAAUUGUUCUCAGGGCACGGAAAGAUAAAGUGGGUUGACUUCACACGAGGAGCUAAAGAGGGUACCCUCCUUUUCGAUGGAAACGCAAAGGAGGCGUUUGACAAGGCCAAGGAGGCAAACAAAGGAGAGCUAAAAAUCAAGAACAACAGCGUUACAUGGCAGGUGCUUGAGGGAGACGAGGAGAAAGACGAGCUGAAGAAGAUCAUCGAAGCUCAACAAGAAUCUUACAGCAGGUCCAGGGGUAGAGGUGGUAGAGGAAGAUCAGGCGGCAGAGGAGGAAGAGGAGGACGAAGGGGAAGAGGUGGAAGGGAUCAAAGCAGAGGUCGGUACCAAGGCAAAAAGACGAAAUUUGAUAGUGGUGAUGAAGACGAUGCACCCGCUGCCCCAAAGAGAGAACGAGAAGAUACAGACGGUCCUGCAGCAAAGGUCGCCAAAACUGAAAACGGAUCUUAGUCACACGGUCACAGCCAGAGAUUUUUUCUUUUGUGGAAACAUUUAUUAUAAACAGUUAAAAUGCAGAGACAACUUAAAUCCAUUCCAGUGAAAGCUUCAGGCUUUGGAGAAUCGAAGGAAAUCCACCUGGAUGUCGACCUAGAGAAACGAUUUGCAAUGAUUGGCAUCAGUUUUUCAGCAUUUUAAGUCCCUGUAUUAUAUUGCGCCUCCUACAUUAAUUAUGUACCUUUUGUUUGUAAGAUCUUUUUUUAAUUUUAUCAUAUUCAGCAUAAAGACAGUCAUUUGAUUUCACUGGGACAUUUUAGUUGGUCUUGUAAGGCCCGUGUGACAUCUAGCGUUGUGCGCCAUUGUGUGUUUUGUUUUUCCUUGGUAGAAUUCCUACAUUACGUGAGAACAUCUUAUUUGCUAUUUUGUUUUUUUUAUGUUUGCAUAUGUGAAUAGCAAAUAAAACAUUUAUUAAAAU